AUGGAUAACGAAUAUCAAUAUACGACUGUUUCUUCUGAUAAUUCAUCUGGUAGACAAAGACUUGUUUUUAUCCUCCAUGGUAGUAGUUCAAACAGUUCAAACAAUCAUAAUCAUGAUCAAAACAGUUCAAGAGGUGUAAGCACUGAAAGUGCACACAGUCAAAUACCCAUUUCAGAAGUUACUGACCAGCAUUUAUCAGGCGUUAGCGCUACUAAAAUAACUAUGCGAAAAACAGUUUCCACUAAUAAUAAUGUUGUAACAAAUAAACAAGAUACUAUAUCGGGUGCUCAUACAAAGCUUGAAGAUUAUUCUGAUGAUGGUUACAAUUCUCUAGAAUUUGAUUUAGAAUUACUAAAGCUAGUAAAGAAAAAUCUUCGUAUUUUCGUUGAAGAUGCAUCAACAAGAAAAUUAAGAAAUGGUGAAUGCAAAUGGUCCGAGCUCCGACCAUCUGUUAGAAAUUUUUAUUUUCCUCGAUUUAAAAAAUAUUUGCUUGAUAGGGAAAUACAUGCUCCAAAUGCGAUGAUAUUUAAAUCUAUUAGGGAUCUUCACAUCUCUCGUCGUGAUGCAUGGCUCAAGAAUAUAAGAAGAUCACGUGAAUAA